AUGACUAAAAAACCUAGGCCUUUUAAGUUUUUCAAUUGUUGGACUACCUAUGAAAAGUUCUUGAGCACUAUUAAGGAAUCUUGGCAAGGUCACUGUGAAGGUUCUGCCAUGCAAUGCCUGUUUAGUAAGUUGAUGAGGCUUAAGCCUUUUCUAAAAGAGCUUAAUAAGGUGUAUUUUUCUGAUAUUUCUGGCAGAGUGAGUAAUAAAAGGGCUGAGCUGGAGCAAAUCCAAAUUUUUAAUCUGACUCAUGUUGAUCAGAGGAGGAUAGAUGAUGAGAGGAGGAUCCAUGCUGAGUUAAUGGACCUGAAAGUUGUUGAAUCUAGGUUUUACAGACAGAAGGCUAAGAUUCAUUGGUUAAGGGAGGGGGACUUGAAUACUAGAUUCUUCCAUCAGAGGGUUGAGUCUAAUAAGAAGAGAAACACCAUAAGAGUUAUUAAAGGUGAAGAUGGACAGUGCUAUGAUUCAUUUGAAGGCAUGGCUGCUGAGUUAGUGAUUUUUUUCACUAACCUUAUUGGUUCUGCUGAUCCUCCAGUUAAAGGAAGCUCUGUAGAGAGUUUGAAAGGCUUGCUGAAUUAUUCCUUGCCUGAAGGAGCGUGUGCUUUUCUCACUAAAGAGGUGAAUGAUAUUGAGAUCAAUGAGGCUCUGUUUAGACAAUGGAAGGAUAAAAGUCCAGGCCCUGAUGAUUAUACUUAUGGAUUCUUCAAGGCUGCAUGGGAUAUAGUUGGAAUUGACUUUGUAUCUGCUGUGAGGUAUUUCUUUCAAUCCUCUUGCUUACUGCCUGCUUUCAAUGCUACAGUCUUUGUUUUGGUCCCUAAGUCUUUAAAUGCAUGUUUGCCAAAGGAAUUUAGACAUAUUUCUUUCUGUUCAGUGGCAUAUAAAACCAUUACAAGAAUCCUUGUUAAUAGACUAGUUCCUUUCUUCCUUGGCAUGAUCUCUCAUAGUCAGUCAGCUUUUGUCAAGGGUAGGAAUAUAGUUGACAAUACUUUGCUAGCUCAAGAGGUUGUUAAAGGCUACUCUAGGAAGAGUCUCUCACCUAGAUAUGCAAUUAAAAUAGACUUGCAAAAGGCUUUUGAUUCUAACUGGAACUUCUUGUUGAUUGUUCUUGAGGCAAUAGGCCUCCUUGGUGAAUUUUGUAAUUGGAUUAAGGCUUGUAUUACUACUCUCAUGUACUCAGUCUCUUUGAAUGUAUUUUUUCAUGGUUCUCUUGAUGUUGUGCUGGGAGUUCAAAGCACCAUAGAGAAGUUUUAUGAGCUGUCUAGUCUUAUGUUGAAUGCUCUAAAGACAGAAUAUUUUGCUUGUGAUUUGAAUGAGCAUGUUCUUGAACAGAUUCGAUUGGCAACUGGGUUUAGGAUGGGACAGCUCCCUGUUAGGUAUCUUGGGGUGCCUCUAGUGACUCGAAAACUCACAGGGAAAGAUUGUGCACCUUUGUUGGUGAGGAUUAAAGACAAACUCAACCAAUGGUCUAGCAAGAAGUUGAGUUUUGGGGGAAAGUUGCAGCUUGUUAAAACUGUUUUGUUUAGCAUUUGUAACUAUUGGAGUAGGCAACUCAUUCUUCCUAAGGGGAUCAUUAGGGACAUAGAGAGGCUUUGCAUGCGUUUUUUCUGGAAGGGCAGUGACACCUUAGCUAGAGGAGCUCGUGUGGGCUGGAACCAAAUUUGCUCCUUAAAAUCUGAGGGUGGUAUGGGGCUUAGGGACCUUGUUGUAUGGAGUAGAGCCUGUUCGAGUUAUUGGGAGGUAGAAUGUAAAGCCUACUUCAGCUGGAUCUUAAGCAAGCUACUGAGAAUACGAGAGGAGGCUAGGAGAAUGUUCUAUCCUUGUGCUAAUUGGAAUCAAAUCAAAGAAAAAUGGAUAUGGGAUAAUAUUCGAGUCAGAAGGGAGAAGUUCUCUUUAAUCUCGUGGAUGGCCAUCCUUGAUAGGUUGCCUACCAAAGAUAGGUUUGUUCGGUUUGGUUUGGUUAUUGAUAAUGUUUGUGUGGUGUGUGGCUCUGGUAUGGAAUCUCAAGAUCACCUCUUUGCUAAAUGCUCCUAUGCAAAGGAAGUGCGGGGUGCUGUUUUAAUAUCUUGUGGACUCCGAUAUGAGUCAUAUAGCUGGGAUGAACGUUUUAGUUGGUUGAUUGAGAACUUGAAGGGAAAAUCUCUCAGAGUGCGUAUCCUUAAGCUUGCUUGGACUGGUUUUCUGUAUUUUAUUCGGGAAGAGCGCAAUCAUAGACAUUUCAGGGGUUUGACUCGUUCAGUCGAUGUAACUGUAAAUAGGAUAAAGGAGGCUGUAAAAAUUAAAUUGUAUAGACACUGCAUGUAUAUGCUUGAUGAUGUAAAUAGGCAUUUGUGCAUAAAUUGGGGUCUGAACUAG